AUGUCAAAUCUGAACUCAGGUUCGGCACCGCGAACCUUGAGAGGCAAGACUCGGGUAAAAGCCGUUCCUGAGGUGAAGAUUGUGGAAACAGCCAACUCUCUGUCAGCGUCUAAUUUCUUCGAAAAGUACGGCAAGACAUGGAGCUCGACAGCUUCUCUAUUGGACGGCCACUCGGAGCUGCACCAUUGCCAGGAUGAUGCUUCACAUAUCCCUCCGGCAUUGCUCGAACAAUGCCUGAAGUUGAUUGAGCUGACCAGCGCGCAAGACUACCAGAACUCCGAGCUGAAAUGGUCUCCGUCCAAAAAAAGGAAAGAGAUGAGGCUCCCGGACAUGAAAUAUAUCAUUCUCGUCGAAAGGAAUACCUCGAAUCUCGCAGGCUUCAUCUCCUUCAUGAUCACCUACGAAGAUGGCUAUGAGGUCGUUUACAUCUACGAGAUCCACUUCGCUCCAGCGUGGCAAGGGAAAGGGUUGGGGAAAAAGCUGAUGAGAGCCGUGGAAGCAAUUGGCCAGAGCGUGGGCGUGGGCAAAUCCAUGUUGACCGUAUUCACAGCAAAUGAGCGAGCUGUCAACUGGUACCACAAGCUGGGCUACUCAGAAGACGAGUUUUCUCCAGGUCCACGGACCCUGCGAAACGGCACGGUCAAGGAACCAAGUUAUGUCAUCCUCUCGAAGAGAUUGAACGAUUAG